GUGUCACAAAAGUCACUAAUAAACUCUAAAUAAACUAGAUUUUUUCCAUUCCUACGACAAUUUAACUAAUAACUCAUACAAACGUAGGUAUUUAACAAGCAAAUUAAUCAAUCGUUUUUAAUAACAUCGAAAAGGCUGGAAAGAAUGUCAAUCUCGUCAUCAGACUCUGACUUGGAGUUCCAGUCGUACUCGGAGCGCACGCUGGCCCUCAUCAAGCCGGAGGCUCUCGAGGAUGCUGAGGCUAUAGAGAACCACAUACGGAACAACGGCUUCAUAAUACUCGCUAAACGACAAGUCCACUUGACUCCAGAGCAAGCGGCAGAGCUGUACAAGGGCCACUAUGGGCGCCACCACUUCCCGCACUUGGUCGCGCACAUAUCCCGAGGGCCGGUCAUCGCGCUCGUGCUCGCAGCUCGCAACGCUAUACAGAAGUGGAGGACGCUUAUGGGGCCCGCCAGGGUGGAAGAGGCUCAAGCGUACUGGCCGGACAGCCUGCGCGCUUGCUACGGGCGCCGCAGCGCGUUCGGCGAGUACUUCAACGGUCUGCACGGCAGCGACAACCUCUCAGAGGCAGUUAGGGAGAUACACUUCUUCUUCCCCACUAUGGUAGUCGGGCCAAUCCUCCGCCGCUGGCAAGUGAAGGACUACAUCCAGCAGCACCUGACGGAGGUGCUGACGCCUGGGCUGACGGCGCUGGCGCACGAGCGGCCGGCCGAGCCCGUGCUGUGGCUGGCCGAGUACCUGCGCGCCAACAACCCCAACGAGCCGAGCGUGGCGCCGCAGCCGCGCGAGGACGAGCGGUGCCUCACGCCUCAGAGCAGUGUGCUGUCCAAGGAGUAGCUUUCAAGUACUCUAAGCGACUCUUCCACCAUCCCACUAACCCGGGGUUAACCUGGAGUUACCAUGGUUACCAGUACAAUUUGACACUGGGUUAACGGUUUAACCCCGGGUGCAAGUGGCCAUACGGAUGGCCAUUAUUACUUUUAUGUGAAAUCGUUGCGUGCUCGCGGCGAUAUCGUUGCGCGCUAGCCUCGCUUUUAACUCGCUCGCAAAUCGCCAGUGUCAAUAAUUGCGCUUACGCUAGUCAAAAUUGGGUAAAAUAUAUUGUCAAAUUAAUAAUUUAUGCCGUAUUUACAUGUCAGAAAUAAAACAACCAUAACAUUUUCUCAAUUUUUAUUCGUAGAAACAUGUUACAAAUCAGUUUAUCACAGGCUAAAGUGAACCUAUUGAACAAUGAAUAAUAGUUAACAUAGGCUGUGAAUAAAACAAAUUAUACUUGAUUAAGUCUCGAUUAUUUUACGUACUUGCACAAAUAAACUAAAUACCCUCUUAAAAUUAAUCGUUACACAGAAAUUAUAAGCAAAAAAGGUUUGAAAUUGUUAAAAUUUAUGAUAUUUAUUGCUGUGAACUGUGUAAUAUGAGUUAUUUGAAUUUAAAACUACUGUGACCACUACUCGAUCCAUCCGUUUCUAAUAAGUACACUUCUUUAGAAAAAUAUAUCUAUACAUUCACUAGUUUCAUUAG